UCGUGAAACACGCCGGACCGCGGGACUUUGCGUUGAUCAGCGUGCGGCAGGCAGCGCGUGUUCGGUAACAGUACGCAAGCAAGAGAGCGCGCGCGCGCGCGUAACGGUUGUGUCUGUAACAGGGGGCCCGCGUGUUCAUUCACUGUGAAGUGUGAUAGAGAGUUCGGUGCAAUUUCUUCCAAUCACAGGCCGCUGCCUCUACUCUCUGCUGCCCUUGUCCCUUACUCAUCUGCUGCAUUGUGUGCAGCGUACGGAACAGCAACGGUACACAGGGUGAGCGGUUCUUCCCGCGGAGAAAGCGACAAAGACCGGGCGGCGGCCCGGGAAAGAAAAUCCACACAAAAGACGACCGCUAAUUGGGCAAACAUAUAGGUCGAUGUCGGUGAAGCCCCUGCCCCGUGCCUGCGCUCCUCCCCGUCAUCAUACAUGUCCACCCAUUGCCAGCGAGCGAGCGACACAGCGAAGAUGGCAGACGAUGAGGGCGGUGGACUUGCGCUGGCAACGGCACGCACCACGAAGCUACCGCCGCCCCACCGACUGCCCGCCAUUCCCGAAGUUCCGAAAGCAGGCUCCGGGGGCGGACGGGAGCAGCUGCGCCACUGCUUCGUGCCGGCGGACGAGAACGGGUGCCUUGGGCUGCACCUGAGCCGCACACCGUGGGACCCGUACCCGUGGGUGAGCGGCGUGGUGGACGGCUCCGGGGCCGAUCUGGCCGGCGUCCGCACCGGUGACUGCGUGCUGGAAGCGAACGGCGAGGAUCUGCUCGGCCUGAAGGUGAUCGACAUUGCCAGGCGGGUGCGCAGCCGGCGCAGUUCCCGCUCCGCACCGGCCGGCGUUGGUCUGUUGCUGUGGAAUUCGGGCUUUGAGAAGAAUAACCUAAAUCCACAGUCGCUGUCCCGGUUCGCCAACUGUCUGCAGGGCAUUGCCGGGCUGCUGGAGUGUCCGAUCUGUUUGGAAGUGAUUAGACCACCGUCCUGGCAGUGCAACCAUGGCCAUCUGAUCUGCUCCGGCUGUCGGUCGCGCACGACCAAGUGUCCGAUCUGCCGGGAGGUGCUUGGUCGCGGCCGGUGCAUCGUGGCGGACAAGCUGUUUCACUAUCUGGUGCAAACGCUCGGACAUGAAGCUGACCAGCAGACAGCGUUGGACCCUAAAUCACAGGACGCAACACACAAGCAGCAGCAGCAGCAGCAGCACCAGCAGCAACAACAUCCCCAUCAUUGGUCUGCAAACAACUCGGGACGCCUUCCACUGGUACGGCGGGAAUACUACCAACACCGCCCGACUCAGCACACCAUCCCCACGCACGCAUUCAAAUUGAAAGCAAACAACGUCCCGGAUGGUGGUGUCCCGGCAACGGCAUCAUUACUGGCCGGGUCCCUGGUGAUCACACCGCACAGGACACCGACGACGACGACGACGACGAGGACCGCCCUGUAUCACUGCCCAUCCGGUCAGCCCUGUGCGCGGAUGAAAAAUCAACAUGACAUCCUGAUGCACCUGCAAAAGGCACACCAGACGAGCGUCGUCCAGUACUACGUCACCGCGGACGACACGGUGGACGUGACGGUGGCCGAUGCCGGGCACUCCUCCGCGCUGGCCUGCGUGGUCGUCGUACCACCAGCACCGUCCGCCGCCAGGGGCAAUCAGUUGUUCUUUGUGGCACGGUUCCGCUGCCCGGAGGAGCCGAACGAAACGCUCUGCUGGCUGUGGCAUUUGGGUGCCGAACCAGCGACGGGCCAGUUUCGGGUGCAGCUGUCGCCCGUUGCCGGGGACGAGCCGACGCAGCCGUGGCAGGGACGGCCGGUUACGCUCGAGUGGAGCCGACAGGAGAUUUUGAAAAGCAAGCGAUUCGUCCGCACAAAACUGGCCACCCUUCAGCGGAUGCGCGUUCGGGUGCUGCUCGAUGCGGCGGGUGAAGCCGUCGAUGCGUGAGGGAGAUCCCGUUCUAAGAAGACUGGCCUGAUGCGUGUUACAGGAAGGUGUUGAUAACAGUGUAACAAGGAGGAUACCUUUUCCCUCCAUGUUGGCAGUACAUGACAUGACAGUUGCAAUGCAUUCGAUGGGAGAAAAAGUUAAAUAGAGAGUGCAAUGUCUUAAAGCGAUUUGUUUUGUGUGGUCAUUUUAAAUAGGGAACGUCACAAACAGGCGGCAAUAAACUGUUCAAUGAAUAAUUCAGCAAGCGUUUAGCUAUAUUUCACUUGCUAUUGCUGUGCGGUAAAGAAAUUAAUCAUGCGAUCAAUCAAUCCCAGCGGCACCACUAACGACAAGAAGGCAUUGCCACUUG